CAAAAACAAUCCUCUUAUGUUUAUUCUCUGAACCGUAAACUACAAGGUUUUACCAUAUUUCUCGAGUCACCGGAGCCAGCAUUCCGUCUUCCAGAAGAUCCGUUCACUCACUGAUCAUUCGCCCAGAGCCAACACAUAUUGCUUAGUCACGGAGCUCUAGAUCAGGAGUAACGCUGGCUACUUCAGCAUCUGUAAUCAGAAGGAACCAGUUCUUACUAAGGUGUUUGGGAGGUUAUUCUGGUAAAUCCAAAAGUCCAUUCUAUCAUCAGGGUACUAUUAGAAUGCAGUCAGCAGUGAGUGGUGGCUCUAGCUUGGAAGUCGAUGCUAUUAGCGUUUUGAGAUCAAUAACCCCAAAUCUGGACUCCACAAAGCACAAAGGCCAAGCCGGCAAGAUAGCUGUUGUAGGUGGGUGUCGUGAAUACACUGGGGCUCCAUACUUUGCUGCUAUUUCUGCAUUGAAAAUUGGUGCAGAUUUGUCUCAUGUAUUUUGCACAAAAGGUGCUGCUCCAGUGAUAAAAAGUUAUAGUCCGGAGUUAAUUGUACAUCCUAUACUCGAAGAAUCUUACAGCAUUAGGGAUGAGGAUAAAAGCUCAAUAUCAGCCAAUGUGAUUGCUGAGGUUGAUAAAUGGAUGGAUAGAUUUGAUUGUCUAGUUGUUGGUCCAGGUCUUGGCAGAGAUCCAUUUGUCCUGGACUGUGUGAGUAACAUCAUAAUUCGUGCACGAGAGUGCAAUGUCCCAAUGGUUAUAGAUGGGGAUGGGCUCUUUCUUGUUACACAAUGUCUUGAUCUGGUUAGAGGUUAUCCUUUGGCUGUCCUGACACCAAAUGUAAAUGAGUAUAAACGGCUCGUGCAAACUGUAUUAACUUCUGAAGUUAAUGAAAAAGAUGCAAUGGAAGAACUAAAGUCCCUUAUUAAGGGGAUUGGAGGGGUGACAAUUUUGCGAAAAGGGAGAUUUGAUAUAAUCAGCGAUGGUAUAACAGUUAAGUCAGUGAGUGUGUUUGGCUCUCCUCGCCGCUGUGGUGGCCAGGGUGAUAUACUUUCAGGAAGCGUUGCUGUAUUUCUUUGUUGGGCACGGCAGAGUGCUACUACUCAGGGAGAACUGUCAAUAAAAAAUCCCACAAUAUCGGGAUGCAUCGCUGGGUCGGUUUUGGUGAGAAAGGCAGCAGCUCUUGCAUUUGAGAACAAGAAGAGAUCCACUCUCACUGCAGAUAUCAUCAAGUGCCUUGGAAGAAGUUUGGAGGAGAUGUACCCAUGUUACUGAGAGACCUACUCAACAAGUGAUCCAGUCAAGUCAAUCCUGCUUUGUAGUUGUGCUGUUCAUAAUUGUAUCUGCUACCUUCGAAAGCUGUUUAGUGAGACUAAAUAUGGGAACGAUAUACAUACGACAAAAACAAUAAUGCAUGUUGGUGGCAAAAAAAAUGAAAAACAUUAUGAAUCCUG